GACUUCUGAGCCAAAGUUCCUCUUUAGAACAACAUGAUGCUCAAGUCUGUCACAGAAAGCUUUGCCAACGUCAUCCACGGCUUGAAAGUGGGACACCUAACAGACUGUGUCAUUCAGAGGAGCAAGAGGAUGAUUCUGGAUACGCUGGGUGUUGGGUUCCUGGGAACCAGCACAGAAGUGUUUCACAAAGUCAGCCAAUAUAGUAAAAUCUACGGUUCCAAUAUGUCCAGCACUGUUUGGGGUCAGCCAGAUUUCAGGCUUCCACCCUCAUAUGCUGCUUUUGUUAAUGGUGUGGCUAUUCACUCAAUGGAUUUUGAUGACACGUGGCACCCCGCUACCCACCCAUCUGGGGCUGUCCUUCCUGCCCUCACAGCUUUAUCAGAAGCCCCGCCUCAGUGUGCAAAGUUUUCUGGCCUUGACCUGCUGCUGGCUUUCAAUGUUGGUAUUGAAAUACAAGGCCGAUUAAUGCACUUCUCCAAGGAAGCCAGUGACAUUCCAAAGAGAUUCCAUCCUCCCUCAGUGGUAGGAACUUUGGGUAGUGCUGCUGCUGCAUCCAAGUUAUUAGGGCUCAGCUUGGCAAAGUGCCAAGAGGCCCUGGCUAUUGCUACUUCUUUUGCUGGAGCACCCAUGGCAAAUGCUGCCACUGAGGCCAAGCCCCUUCAUAUUGGCAAUGCUGCCAGGCAUGGAAUAGAAGCUGCUUUUCUGGCAAUGCUAGGUCUCCAAGGAAACAAGCACAUCUUGGACAUGACAAAAGGAUUUGGUGCCUUCUAUGCCAACUAUUCCCCAAAAGUCCUUCCAAGCCUGGAUUCCUACAGUUGGCUGUUGGAUGAACAGGAUGUAGCCUUCAAGUGUUUCCCUGCACAUUUGGCUACCCACUGGGUGGCAGAGGCUGCUGCAACUGUGAGACAGCACCUUGUGCUUUCAGAUGGAGUCCUGCUUCCUGCCGAUCACAUUGAGAAAAUUGUACUCAGGGUUCCAGAUGUUCAAUAUGUAAACAGACCCUUCCCAGGCUCAGAGCAUGAAGCCCGUCAUUCCUUCCAGUAUGUGGCCUGCACUAUGCUGCUUGAUGGGGAUGUUGCUGUCCCAUCAUUCCACAAAGACCAUAUCAGUAGGCCACAGGUGACAGAGUUACUCAGGAAGAUAAAGCUCGAGCAUCCUUCUGACAACAUGCCAAAUUUCGACACAAUGUACUGUGAGAUCUGUGUCACCCUUAAGGAUGGAGCUACACUCACUGAGCGCUGCAGUACCUUCUAUGGUCAUUGGAGGAAUCCACUGAACAAGGAGGACCUACAGAAAAAGUUCAGGGCUAAUGCCACUGCGGUUCUGCCCCGUAACACAUUAGAAAGUCUUAUAAAGAUAGUAGAAAAGCUGGAGGAUAUAGAAGACUGUAGUGUGUUGACCACACUUUUGAAAGGCUCAGAGGAGACUUCAAAACUAUCCAGAAUGUAAUCAUUCCAUUGCACACUCUCUCCCCAGGCCCACCAACAUCUAACCCACUUUGCUUUUGAAGAGAUUCAAUAAUCUGCUUUAUAAAACAAGGGUCUGCUGCUUGGUCUUCCCAGGAAUAAAUGAAGAAAUGAGGAAAGGGUUCAGAAAUAGCACUGUAUAUAUUAGGAAGGAGUCUUAUCCUGUAAUUUUUGAAGUACUGUUCAAAUUACCUUAAGAUGAUAUUGAAGAAACAAAAAGUGAUUCUUUAUGAACAUUCCCAUGGGUAAAGUAUAAAUCAACUUCAAUUUGCUUGGACAGUCAUCAUUUCAGAAGAAUUAUUUAUGAACUCAAGAGGAAGAUAAACCUGUAUGCUGUUUGCUGAUGGUGGAGUGGGGCUCUGAUCUGUUGUGCACAAGAGUUAUUAGAUGAAAGGUUGUUCUCCAGCACUCCACAGUGCAAAGGGUGCUUGUAUGGGAUCUCCUAGGGAGCUUCUAGGCGAUCUAGUAGCUGCUUCCUUCAUAUGGCUCUGAGCUUCUUACCGAGUGUUCUUAUGGUUAAAUUUCUCUAUUUGCAGAGUAAAAAAAAAAAAAGCAGUCUGAAGAGAAAAGCAGUUUGCCUCUACAAUCCAUGGUCUUAACCUUCACAUGAUAUCAUCUUUUAGUACAAAAGAGUUUUUGAGAAAAAUGUUACCAAUGACAAGUCAGAGAUGCAAUAAAGGAAGAAAAAGAAGGAAAAGAUAUGUUAAUUAUUUAAAGUAAUAAAAAUGUCACAUGCUGUUUAGAAUGCAAAAUUUGCAAUCAUA